AUGUCCAGACAAGGUGGAAAACUCAAGCCUCUCAAGGCGCCCAAGAAGGACAAGAAGGAGAUAGACGAGGAAGACCAGGCCUUCAAGGAGAAGCAAAAGGCGGACGCCGCCGCGCUCAAGGCCGCACAGAUGAAAGGCAAGCACAUGCUGCCCUCUUUUCCCGCCCCCCGCCCCCGCUGA